AUCUCAUGCUUAAUCCAUGUCGGUCAAUUGAAUUUAAUCCUCCUCUUCCUCUUCUUUAAACUAAUUUCCAUCACCCCCAAAAUUCUUCUUAAUUCUCUGCAUUUUCUGCACCAGAAAACAGAGAUAAUGACCGGACCUCACCACGAUGCAGUUUCCGGCCACCUCCCAGGUUCAGACAAAGUCGAUGCAGAUUUUGAACCUGUAAAAAAAUCAAAAAGAAACAAAUUUGCCUUUGCUUGUGCCAUACUCGCUUCCAUGACUUCCAUCUUACUUGGUUAUGACAUUGGUGUGAUGAGUGGAGCUGCGAUCUACAUCCAGAAAGACCUCAAAAUCAGCGACGUUCAGGUGGAAAUACUUAUUGGCACACUAAACUUGUAUUCCUUAAUCGGCUCCGCCGCUGCUGGAAGAACCUCCGACUGGCUUGGUCGCCGGUACACGAUCGUGCUCGCAGGUAGCAUUUUCUUCGUCGGUGCUCUCCUCAUGGGGUUUGCUACAAACUAUGCUUUCCUCAUGGUGGGUCGAUUCGUGGCUGGUAUCGGCGUCGGCUACGCCCUCAUGAUCGCUCCCGUGUACACCGCCGAGGUCUCUCCAGCGUCCACCCGUGGCUUCCUCAACUCAUUUCCUGAGGUGUUCAUCAACAUCGGAGUAUUAUUCGGAUAUGUAUCCAAUUACGCAUUCUCGAAGCUUUCGACGCACUUGGGGUGGCGGAUGAUGCUUGGAGUGGGUGCAAUCCCCUCCGUGGCCUUGGCCAUUGGGGUCCUUGCCAUGCCGGAGUCGCCACGGUGGCUGGUCAUGCAGGGCCGCCUCGGUGAGGCCAGGAGAGUCCUCAACAAAACCUCCGAUUCCAAAGAAGAAGCUCAGAUAAAGCUCAGCGACAUUAAAGACGCCGCCGGAAUCCCUCUAGAUUGUGACAACGACAUUGUUCAGGUUGCAAAACGCAGUCACGGCGAAGGCGUCUGGAAAGAGCUGUUCAUCUACCCCACUCCCCCCGUCCGACAUGUCUUAAUCGCUGCCAUUGGAAUCCACUUUUUCCAGCAAGCCUCAGGUAUCGACUCCGUCGUACUCUACAGUCCAAGAAUCUUUGAGAAGGCCGGAAUCACAUCGGACGGCCACAAGCUACUCGCCACCAUCGCCGUUGGAUUCGUCAAGACCACUUUCAUCUUGGUUGCCACGUUUUUCCUAGAUCGGGUCGGGCGGCGGCCAUUGCUGCUCAGCAGCGUUGCCGGAAUGGUAAUUUCGUUGGGCAGCCUCGCGGUGGGGCUCACCAUAAUCGACCAUUCACAGAAAAAGCUGACGUGGGCAGUGGUGCUCUGCAUCCUGAUGGUCCUAUCUAACGUCGCCUCGUUUUCCAUUGGAAUGGGGCCGAUUACGUGGGUGUACAGCUCGGAGAUCUUCCCGUUGAGGCUCCGUGCGCAAGGGGCGAGUAUAGGAGUGGCAGUGAAUAGGGUGAUAAGUGGGGUUAUAUCCAUGACAUUCAUUUCGCUGUACAAAGCCAUAACGAUCGGCGGCGUGUUCUUCCUGUAUGCCGGAAUUGCGACAGUGUCGUGGAUUUUCUUUUACAUGAUCUUGCCGGAAACUCAGGGGAAGACGUUGGAGGAGAUGGGGGGGCUGUUUGGGAAACUCAAUUGGAAGUGUUCAAAGGGAAAGAAGGAAAAUGAGGUAGUUGAAGGCAACGGUAACGGUCAGGUUCAGUUAGGAAAUGCCAAUGGGCGAAGCUCGGCGUAAGGGUUGUUUAGUAAAUAUAUGUGUGCUAAGAAAUUUUAGAUCACAUAUAUUGCCUGCGGGAUGGAUGAGAAAGGAGUUAUGGGCAUAAAAGAAUUGAAAAUUAAAUAAAUUGAGAAUCCUUUCUCAUCCUAAAGUCUCAACUAUUGAGACAUUUUUAAGAUACUCAAAAGGUUUCUAAUUAUGAUCUAUAUUGAUGCAAAAAUUGGUGUUUAGUUUUAAAAAAAUGUGUUUUUUUAGUGUAGAUUGCAUGAAGAAAUACAGUUUGAGCUAUUAUUGUAUUAGAAUAUAUUUAAUGUAGGGUAUAAUAAAUUCAAUCACUUGAG